AUGGAUAAUGCGAAUACUUGGCAGGAGUUUAUGGGAGUGAAAGCCAUGGUGGAAAAAGGGUUGGAUCGAGUUCCUUAUCGUUUUAUCAGGUCCCUUCAAGAGCGUCCAAAAGUCUCUCAAUAUGAAGAGAAGGAGAAUAUACCAGUUAUUGAUCUGCAGGAUCAAGUAGAUAAUAGUUCUUUUGCCCUUUCUGCCAAUCUUGUCCAGGCCAUUGGCCGAGCUUGUCAUGAAUGGGGGUGCUUUCAGGUGGUGAAUCAUGGAAUUGCACCAUCCACAAUGAAUGAAAUGAUGGAGGCAGCUCGUGAGUUCUUUGAGUUACCAGAUGAACAGAAAAUGAAGUACUUUACUUUGGAUACAAUGUCAAAGUUUCGUUAUGCAUCGAGCUUCAACUUGCAGAAGGAUAAAAUUCUUAGCUGGAGAGAUUUCAUCCGUUACUCCUGUCAUCCUCUGGAUGACGUCGUUUCUCUGUGGCCCAGCACUCCCUCCUCAUUUAGGAAAGCGAAUGUAAAUUUCUGUACCCAAAUUCAUGGGUUGGUAAGGAAGCUUUGUGGUGCAAUUUCACAGAGCCUUGGGCUCCCAGAAAAGUAUAUUGAACAAGCAUUUACAGACUAUUCGCAGACUAUGGUGUGUAAUUACUAUCCGAAAUGUCCAGAGCCUGAGUCAACUCUGGGUGUAGGGAGUCACACAGACCCAGGUUGGAUAACAGCAUUGAUGCAGGAUGACGUCACCGGUUUACAGGUCCUCCAUGAAGAUCGCUGGGUCAUAGUCAAACCUAUUGCCCAUGCUCUUGUCAUCAAUCUGGGUGAUGUACUGCAGAUACUAAGUAAUGGGAAAUACAAGAGCGCAGAGCACAGGGCGACCGUUAAUGGAAGCAGCGAUCGGAUUUCUGUUGUGACAACGUAUGGUCCAUCUCUCGACACCAUUAUCAGACCUGCUCCUGAAAUACUACUGAAUGGCUGUAAGCCUGUCUACAGAGAAAUAGUUUAUAAAGAAUACAUGGAGAUGAUUCUAAGCGGCUCACUUGAAGACAAACGUUUGUUGGAUUUCCAUCGCUUGGAAAUUCAAUAAAAUGGAGGCUAAGCAACCGAUUGUGAAAAUAUAUAGACAGUAUAAGAUUGCUUUGACAAAUUAUAGCGUUGUAUUCGCUGCAAAAAAGCUACGAGUCCGAUUACA